UACACAAUCAUCAUCAACUAAAUGACGGCAUUGAUUUUAGUUACAGGUGCUAACGGCUUCGUUGGAAGCUGGACUGUGUUGAAAUUGCUUGAGGAUGGGUACAGCGUUAGAGGUACAGUUAGGAGCGCAGACAAAGGCAACUACUUGGUAAAAACACUGCACAAUCUUUUAGGAGAAGAGAAAGCUAGCAAGUUUGAAUACGUGAUUGUAGAAGAUAUGAGGUCAAUCGGAGUAUUCGAUAAAAUCACAGAAGAUGUCGAUGGGAUCUGUCACAUAAGCUCUCCAUUCCACUUCAAUGCCAUUGAGCCAUCAGAUUUAAUCGAACCAGCAGUUGGCGGUACGUUAAACGUCCUCAACGCAGCGAGCAAAAGCAAAACAGUACGCAGAGUCAUCCUAACGAGCUCCGUAGCUGCCGUUGUAAACCCUGAACCACAUACUCCUAGAAUGUUCACAGAGGAGGACUGGAAUGAGCAUUCUGCGAAAGAAUGUGAGGAGAUGGGUAUAAAUGCACGCGCGCAAUCUAAAUAUAGAGCUAGCAAAACCUUAGCCGAAAAGGCUGCUUGGGAGUACAUGAAAAAAAAGACACCGUCGUUUAGUUUGUCCACUAUAACACCACCGCUUAUCCUCGGACCCCUUAUACGCCAAGCCGAUAGAGCAGACGCUCUCAAUACAUCCAGUUUAUGGGCUUAUAGCUUCUUCAACGGGAGCAAAAUCGAUGAUGAUCCUGCAUCAUUCAGCAACCCGAUGACGAAUCUCGCGGAUGUACGUGAUGUUGCGCAAAUGCACGUCGAUUGUUUGAAAGUAGCUGAAGCUGCCAAUGAACGCUUUGUCUGCGUUUGCGAUGGCGGUUUCAAGACAUGGCAAGACAUGCUCGAUGCAGUACACGAAGGCGUCAAUGGCGAGGAAGUAGCGAAGAGAGUACCAAAGGGUAAUCCCGGUGCUGGUAAAUUAGUAAAUCAAAGUUGGUACACCAACAGAAAAGCUAAAUCAAUUUUGAAAAGCACUUUCAUAGCCUACGAGCAAACCUGUGUUGAUACCUACAAAAGCCUUCUCGAAUAUGAGAAGAGCUGGUAGAUGUUUUUUUGUAUUACUGCCAAAAAGAUCUCUUGCAUCAUAACAUUCAUGGAUUCGGAAGAUAAGAUUAUCGAAGACGACGUUUGGGGUGGUUCAGAUGAUGAACUAGAGAACAAACAGCGUGACAAAGAUUGGAAUAAGCUUGAAGAUCGCUUCAUGGAUGAAGGAUACAGAGAGGGGAUAAGCUACGGGAAGGAAGCUCAUCUCCAACCGGGCUUUGAUGAAGGCUACAUAACUGGAGUAGGCUACGGCAGGGAAUUUGGACGAUUGAGAGCAUUUGCUAACCAGACGCUAUCACAUUUGACGAAUAUACAAGCUUCCCCUGAGCAGCUAGAGCGAUGUAGGAGUCUAGUGAGUAACAUCGGAAGGGUUAGUGCCCAUCAGAUACUCCCAAAAGACAUCGAAGCUAUCGAACACGCGAAAGAGCACGAAGAGGAGGAUCGCAAGCAGAAGAGCACAUCUAACGUAACGUUUGAAGAGGAACUAGGUGGUGAACGCGGCAGACAGCGCGGCGUUGAACAAUUGGCGGAUGAACUGGAUAGAUUAGGAAAAGCAAAGUUGGACGGUAGAGAAACAUUAGACGAAUUGUGGGGAGAGUUGAAGGAAAUAUUAUCAAGGGAAUCCACGCUGGAGAGUCUAUUAGCUGUUUUGUAGUAAAAUGUUGAUAAAUCACCCUUG